GUGUUGUUCAAGUGCAAACCGCGCACUUCGCACACACGUGACAUAUUUUAAUCUGUUUAUAAAAUCUCUGACUGUACAUUAGUGGUCUUUUAACGCGGACAGGUGUCGCCAUGAACCGACUACUUUCUCCAAACAUGGUUCAACCCAACCUGCCAUUGAGGAAACCAUCGUCGAGCCCGAUGGCUGUGUCGGCCCCGGCUCUGAGGCGCCUCUCCGGGCCCGGAGCUGCAGCACCCCUCGGCCCCGCUGCUGGUGCCGCCGGAGACGGUCUUGUUCAUCCUCUGCCCAUCAGGAAUAACCCUGGAGUGUUGGGAUCCGAGCCCCCAGCACUGACUGUGUAUUUCUGCAACUUCUGUGGGCACCAAGGAAAUUUCCGAUGCACGCGCUGUAAGAAGACCGCUUACUGCUCGGUGGUGUGUCAGACAGAAGACUGGAAGGUGCACAGGCACACGUGCAGAGCCGUUGAUCCAGAACCUGCAAAGGCAAAACCAAAGGAAAUCCCUGCUUCACCUGUGACAGGAGACCAGGGCGGCCAGUUGGAGUUGAAGCAUGCUGAUGUACCCAGCCUCCAGAGGGUGUAUUUAAAAGACUUAAAUAUGCGCAAAUCUGUUAUGGGAACAGAAAUCAAGGCAUCUGUUGUCGAGUUCCACAGCCCCGGCAGGUUUUACCUUCUUAGCCAAGCCCCUGAGCUGAUGGAGGCCCUGAAGGUCAUCAGCGUGGAGCUUCAGAAAGCGUACAGCUGCCCCUCAGCAACAACAUACGUACCCUGUGAUGGGGAGGUUUGCGGAGUGCAGUUCUCCUCUGAUCUGAACUGGUACCGAGGCCUCGUCCAGACUUUGUCACCUGACCAGAUGACGGCUAAAAUCCUUUACAUCGACUUUGGCAAUGAAGAGUCUGUCCCUGUGACAAGGAUCAGGCACCUGAGUGCCAACAUCCAGCCAUUUAGUCCUUGCGCAAUGGAGUGUCGUAUUGCUGGGGUGCUGCCGUUGGCUACAAACUGGUCAAGCGAGUGCUGUGUUGCAGUGAGGCAGCUGCUGGCUGGAAAGACUGUGACUGUGAAGCUGGUGGAAACAGUCGAGAAUAGUUGCAUCCACGUUGUGGACAUCCAGCUUUCAAUGGGAAAUACAUUGAGCAUGUUCCUCCUUGAACAUGGUUAUGCAGCAGAGGAACCGGUCGAGGCAGCGCCGACUCAGCAGGAAAUAAGCGUCAUGAUGAGUGCAUCCUUGGAAAACUUCAAACGUCAGUCCAAUGGAAAGGACGACAACACCUGGGCUCAUCCUCCAGAGCCUCUGACCCAGGCAGUGGGUGACUCCUUCUUUGUUGUGGUCAUUGACUUCCGAUCACCCACUGACAUUAUUGUACAGAAGGUGGAACAUGCUGGAGUGAUUCAGGAGUUGCAGUUGAACCUGAGGGAAUACUGCGCUCAAGUCCCAGCCCCUCAGAACUUCAGACCAGCACCCGGCACUGUUUGCUGUGCCCAGUUCACAGAGGACAAGCAGUGGUACAGAGCCAAAGUUCUGGCAUAUCCCUCAGAAGAACGCGUCUGUGUUGGCUAUGUUGAUUUUGGCAACUCCGAGGAGGUGGAGUUAGGUCACCUGCGACCUAUAAGCACUUCAUUACUGGCCCUGCCAAUGCAGGCUAUGCCUUGUGGCCUAGCAGGGGUCCAGCCUGUGGGGGAGAGUUGGUCAGACGACUGCCUGUUGGCCCUGCGGCGUAGAGUAUCGAACCGAAUACUGCGCGUUGAGAUCCAGAGAGCGGAUAAGGGCAAAGCUUCCGUGGCCAUAAUUGACGAGGCCAGCGAUCCUCAGGCCAAUAUAGCUGAGCUGCUGAUCUCUGCCGGUUAUGCUGCACCCGCUCCUGUUGCCACCAUGAGUAGCGACCAGCAGGUGGACCAGACGGCCUCAGCUCCUCCUGAACUGCCUGUGUUGACUCCAGCCUCCGAGCCUCUGGUGUGGUCUUUCCCGGAGAUUCCCUGUGACGGCCAGACAGUGGCGCUGCUGCCCAGUGUUCUGGAGAACCCUGGAGAGUUCUACUGCCGCUUAGACAAACCUGCAGACCACCAGCGGCUGAUAGAUCUUGGGGCUGAGUUGAAGCAGCAUUGCGAAGCGGAUAACUCACUGUUUGAGCCCAAAGUAGGAGAGCCCUGUUGUGCCGUGUUUCGUGGUGAUGGAGCUUGGUACCGGGCUAUGGUGAAGGAGCUGUGUGAGAACCAGGUGUCCGUGAACAUUGCAGACUAUGGUUACAGCAUGAAAGUAGAACGGCACCAGCUCAGAUCCAUUACACAACGACUCCUGGCUCUACCCUUCCAGGCAGUUUGCUGCUGGCUCUCAGGUGUGGAGCCUCCGGGUUCAGAGUGGAGCAGCGAGGCAAUCCUGUGGUUCCAGACGUUGGUGGACGGCGAGCUGCUCUCUGCUCGGGUCCUCUCUGUCACGGAGCAGGGCUACGGGGUAGAGCUGAUGAGCAAAGGGCAGAAUGUGGCCGAGGCCCUGAUUUCUGAGCAACUCGCCAAAGUUCCUGGAGAGGUUCCCAAAGAGACUCAUGCAAACACAGGCUCUGAAGCCAAAUACCCAGAGAGUGCAGCUCAAAAUGAGCUCAGCCAAAUACGUGCACAAGCCUCCAACCAGGCAGGAGCAACGUCCAAAGAGAUCCCAGCUGAGGAGCAAACUGCUGUGCCAUCAGAAGUACCAUCUUUCCCAGUCGACUGGAAGACGCUGGAGCUGCCUCUCAACGAGACCUUUAAGCCGUGCAUCGCAGCUGUCGCUAGUCCUUCCCUCUUCUACCUGCUUGCUCCCACUCUGGUAGACCAGCAGAAGCUGCAGCGGCUUAUGAUGGACGUAGCUGCCUACUGCAACAACAACCAGGCGUCUUUGUCCUCUGCUGUCCUGAGCAGACCAGGUCCUGGGGCUGCCUGCUGUGUCCAGUACUCUGCCGACAGUAACUGGUAUCGUGCAGUGGUCCUGGAAGCCGGGGAGAAAGAGUUGAGCGUCAUCUAUGCAGAUUACGGCAACACUGAAAAGGUGCCAUCCUCCCGAAUCUUACCGAUCCCCGGGCACCUGUUGCAGCUUCCCUUUCAGAUCACCCGCUGCACCCUCGAUGGUAAGGAGCACUUCCCUGUCGUGUGGCAUGAAGAAGUGCUGCAGCUGUUUAAAACCGUCCUCUCAAACGACGUCCUCGCCACCGCUCUGUCCUUUGACGGCUCGGCUAACGUGCUGUCUCUCACUCUGCCCGCUGAGAGAGGCGGAGGACAAGUCGCUGCCAUGAUAGUGGAAGCACUGCAGUUCCUGACCAAGACAAAUCCUACCCCAGGCACCACCCAGAGGGCUGAACAGACCGACAGCAGCAAACCUCCUGUCAGCUCCACGGCCGAGCCCGAGUGCCCACAGCCCAAGUCCCCACCUGAAACCUGGAAGAGGCCUGAACACACAGCAGCUGCCAGUGGAUCAACCAUAACUUCAGAGCCAACGCCCCUCACUCGCCAACAGAUUAUAAAAACACAUGAAGAUUCAUGCAGUGGACAUCCGGUGCAGAGGAUUGUUGAUCAAAUGGAGCCACCAUUAAAAGCGAACACAGAAACUAAUGAUCCUCAGACUUCCGGCUGCUGCUGUGCCAGCCUGAAGACGAAGAUGGAUCACCUGGAGCAGCUGAUGCAGCUGCACAUUUCUCUCAUGAGACAGCUCAUUGGACAGAAGAAAUAAUGUUUACCCAUAAUGCACUGUUCUGUAAUCCAGCUUGACAACUUUUUGCAAAGUUGUGGUUGUUAAUGUUAAACCAUAAGUUAUCUACUUUUAAUUUAGUGCACUUAAAACUGAAAAUGCACCUUUUGG